AUGUCCCUUUCCUCUCAUUUUGCUUCAAUUCAUAAUGUUAUUCGAUUAGGUACUGUCGAUAUCACAUCCAUAACCCUCUCCCUCCGAGCUCGCACCCCCCGUUCACUCGGCUAUGCACUUGGAAUACUCUCCACACUCUCCUCCCAUGUACAACAAAGCUUCCCCCUCAUACGAUGCGAAGAUCUAUUGGAUGUUCUCGUUGAGCUCUUGGAGAGCGCAGCGCUAGAGGGAGAUGGGUGGUUGGGCGGUCCGCUGGGAUCCGAACGAGAAGUGGUCCAGAACCGUAUUAAGCACGAAGACGAUGCGCCCGUCAAGCAAGAGGACGGGGGAGCAGAAUUAUGGGAUGAGCAAGACGAAGAGGUCCCCAUCCGAACCCACCGCGAACUCGUCAGGAUCGCGGCCGAGGCAGGUGUUGGUUUGAGAGCUCGGGGACGAGGGUGGGACGGGGGUGCGGUUGGGAGCGACAUGAGUGUGAAGCGUGAAGAUGACUUGCUGGCCGACGACAUUGAGCCCGACUUGACUUCGAAUUAUGGAGAUGUCGCUCCGCCCGGUCUGGUGCGCUCGGAUGUGAUCAUCACGAUUGUCCGCCUGCUCCGUAACUUUUCGAUCGGGCCGGAUAAUUGUCAGUUCAUGGCGAGGGACGGGUCAAGAGUUGUAGACGUCCUGGCGAAUAUUAUUGGGUUCCGAGAAGGCAAGGAAACCCAAACUGAUGGGCUGUUCGCAUGGGAUAGCGGGGUCGAUAUCUCCAUUUCGCCUGUUGCGUCCCCUCUCAAUCUUUCUCAGCUCCUCCGAGUACGAAAAGACGUAUACACAUUAUCGCCAACCUCGGGUUGCACCUACGACUAA